UAGGAAGGAAAGCCGGCCUCCCUGGCGGCGCUGGUGCUGCAGCAGCCCCGCAGAACGAGGUGUUCCGCGUUACAGGAAUAAACAUGCACCCCGAGGCCUUGGAGCCAGUGGCAAGCCAGGGAGCGGAGCAAGACUGCGCCGUGGAUCCCGGCGUGGAGGCGUCUGCGGGGGACCACGGGAGCGCAGGCCAAGGGGGCCGCAAGGAAGAAAUUAACAAGCCCAAGGAAACAUGCGUGGAUCCCUCCGGCACAUCCUCCCAAAGCGAGCAGAAACAAAGUGGUGACAGCAGGUCAGACAGUCGCUUAGGACACCCACGAGAUGACAGGGAUGACCGAAGCCCCAGAAUGACUAAAAGUUUCCUGCAAAAACUCUGCAAGCAACACAAGCUUUACAUUACCCCAGCCCUGAAUGACACGCUGUAUUUACACUUUAAAGGCUUUGAUCGCAUUGAGAACUUGGAAGAAUACACAGGGCUGCGCUGUCUUUGGCUGGAGUGCAAUGGGAUACAGAAAAUCGAGAACCUGGAUGCCCAAACCGAGUUGCGGUGUCUUUUCUUACAAGUGAACUUGAUUCAUAAAAUCGAAAACCUAGAACCUCUGCAGAAACUGGAUGCCCUUAACCUCAGCAACAAUUACAUCAAGACCAUUGAAAACCUCUCCUGCCUUCCAGUCCUGAACACACUACAGAUGGCGCACAACCAUUUAGAGAGUGUGGAAGACAUUCAGCAUCUGAAGGAAUGUUUGAAACUUUGCGUGCUUGACCUCUCCCACAAUAAGCUGAGUGAUCCAGAGAUCCUGAGGGUUCUCGAGAGCAUGCCCGAUUUGCGUGUACUGAAUUUGAUUGGAAACCCAGUUAUUAAGCACAUUGCUAGUUAUCGGAGGACAGUUACCAUUCGACUUAAACACUUAACAUAUCUGGAUGACAGACCUGUUUUUCCAAAAGACAGAGCUUGUGCAGAGGCCUGGGCUCGGGGAGGGUACGCAGCUGAGAAGGAGGAGAGACGGCAGUGGGAGAGCAGAGAGCAGAGGAAGAUUGCAGACAGCAUUGAAGCCCUGGCGAUGAUCAAGAGGCGGGCUGCAGAAAGGAAAAGGCAGAGAGAAGCCCAAGAGAAAGGGGAGACCCUGCUGCCAAAUGACGAUGAGGAAGUGCGUGCCAAGGAGGAAGAAAAGGAAGGGCCUCCUCUGGACCAAGGAACGCGGCAGAAGAUGGAGAUGUUCGUUAAGGAAAGCUUUGAGGCGAAGGAUGAGCUAUUCCCAGAAAAGCCCGGUGGAGAAAGGGAGCUGCCUGAGGGGGCUGAUGGGGAGACUGAGGAUCAGGAGCCAGGAGUGGCACUCCCAGCCAGGCCUCUGACCCCGCCAGCUCUGGGCGCUGUGGAGGAAGAUUCAACUGUCCACAUUGUGGCCACUGAGGGUGCAUUAGUUACAGAACUUGAUGGAGCUGAAGAUAUAGAAACCAUCGAACUGAAGACAAAGGAGAAGCUCUUCAUUGAUGACCUACCUGACCUGGAAGACAUCGAUGCCAGUGAAUUUCUCAGCAACCAGGACAAGGUUACCAGGACACAUUUCCCCCACAACCAGGAUCCUUCCACUCUCACUUUAGUCUUGUCAUUUACACAGCUUAUCUCCUUGCCUUGAAAGAAGUAAAAUGCUCUUUUUGAGUAAAGCAUCGCAUACACCCACUUUCUGCACAUCUCAAAAGAAAGGGAACGUGGCUGUAUGCUGUUGCUCACUCCCUUAAGGUUUCAUGGUCAACUACUUGGGUUUCCUGGGCACCUGUUUUUAUCACGUUGCACAUAAUUACCUGAAUACACUUUUCUGUCCUUAUGAUGUGUUUAUAUGUCCACGUGGUGCAUGUCUGUGUGACUGUAACCACACAUAGAAGGAAGGAAAGGAGAGACAGGAAGGAGUGGAUGAGGCACAGUGCGGAAUGCUCCCAAGGUAAUCGUCUUUCUCUCCAUCUCUCCCUU